ACGAACGAGAGGGAGAGAGAGGGAGGGCCGAGGAGGAGCCUGCUGCUAUAAGAUGCACUCAGCGCACCAUCAGCACCAAAACUUACAGUUUGCCCAUCCAUCCUCAUCUCUCUCUCUUUCUCUCUCUCUCACUCCGCCUCUCCAGCGCGCACACGCACACCCUGGCUGUUUUCAUUUGUUUACUCCCUCCUCACCCCUUGGAGGGCGAACAGGUGCGUCCCUGGGUUACAGCUCGCUCUCGGCUGACUUGAUUAUGGUCACAGCCCCCGCGGUGCCAAGGUGGAGCCACAGCGCGUAUCUCGGAUCGGUGCGCUUCUCCAGGGGCUGGGAUGCGCACCGGGCACCUCUCGCUUUCUGCCGAGUUUUGGGUCUGAGGAGGAGUCCAGCUCUGCCCCCGGGCGCAGAGGCAGGAGGAGCCAGUCAACCCGGAGCAGGAUGCCGGUGAUGAGAGGGCUGCUUGCCCCACAGAACACCUUCCUGGACACCAUAGCCACUCGCUUCGAUGGCACCCAUAGCAACUUUGUUCUGGGAAAUGCCCAGGUGCAGUCACUCUACCCCAUUGUCUACUGCUCUGAUGGCUUCUGCGAGCUCACCGGUUAUGCCCGUGCCGAGCUCAUGCAGAAGAGCUGUGCUUGUCAUUUCCUGUAUGGCCCGGAAACGAGCGACCGGUCUACGGCCCAGAUCCAAGGAGCUCUGGACGAAAGGAGGGAGUUCAAAACUGAGCUGGUGUUCUACAAGAAGGAAGGUACAAAGUUCUGGUGUCUUCUGGACAUCGUACCUAUUAAGAAUGAGAAGGGUGAGGUGGUUCUGUUCCUUGUGUCCCACAAAGACAUAACUGACAAGAAGAUGGAGCAGGAUCCAGAGCAGGGACCUGAAACUGAUGAUGACACGGGUUUGCAGGUGCAUCAGGUAACUCGCCCCCCAGGCUUCAAUGCCAACCGGCGCCGCAGCAGAGCAGUACUCUAUCAGCUGUCGGGACACCUGCAGAAACAGGACAAGAGCAAGCUCAAGAUCAACAAUAACAUGUUUGGGCAGAAACCUCCGAUCCCAGAGUACAAAGUAGCAGCCAUCCAGAAAUCUCGCUUCAUCCUGCUCCACUAUGGUACCUUCAAAGCCGGUUGGGACUGGUUGAUUCUGCUGGCGACCUUUUAUGUGGCCGUCACUGUUCCCUACAACGUCUGCUUCACAGUUGGUGGAGCACGGGACGAAGGAUACAGUAGCACCUCAAGAAAUCCACCCAGUGUCAGCGACAUCCUUGUGGAGAUCCUUUUUAUUUUAGACAUAAUGCUGAACUUUCGUACGACAUUUGUGAGCACAUCGGGUCAGGUGGUCUAUGACGCCCGCUCCAUCUGUGUUCACUACGUCACCACCUGGCUCUUUGUUGACCUUGUUGCUGCCCUGCCCUUUGACCUGCUCUAUGCUUUCAACGUCAGUGUGAACUUCAGGGUCCACCUGCUGAAGACUGUUCGACUGCUUCGGUUGCUGCGGCUCCUGCAGAAGCUGGAGCGCUACUCGCAGUAUAGCGCAGUGGUUCUGACGCUGCUCAUGUCCAUGUUUGCCCUGCUGGCCCACUGGAUGGCCUGUGUCUGGUAUUAUAUCGGUCGCAAGGAGAUUGAAAGCCUGAGCUCCUGGGAUAUCGGUUGGCUCUUUGAGCUGGCAAAGCGUUUGGGCACCCCAUACAUCCCGUCCCCUCUGUCGACACAGGUCCCAACCACAGUGAGCCUCCCAGCCAACAGCACUCAGUGGAACAUGUCAGGGUCAGAGGUCACAGGCCAGGGAACCUGGAACUCAAGCCAAGUUCACGGAAACAUUUCGGGGACAGGGGUUUUAAAGGGUGGCCCAUCAACCCGUAGCAGCUAUGUGACGGCCCUCUACUUUGCUUUGAGCAGCCUGACCAGUGUGGGCUUUGGGAACGUGUCCGCCAAUACCGAUUCAGAGAAGAUCUUCUCCAUCUGCACCAUGCUUAUAGGAGCGCUGAUGCAUGCAGUGGUGUUUGGUAACGUGACCGCCAUCAUCCAGAGGAUGUAUUCCCGCCGCUCCCUCUACCACACCCGUACCAAGGACCUGAAGGACUUCAUCAGGGUCCACCGGCUGCCCAAAGCCUUGGAGCAGCGCAUGCUGGAAUGUUUUCAGACCACCUGGUCGGUCAACAACGGGAUAGACGUCGGUGAGCUGCUGAAGGACUUCCCAGAUGAGCUGCGGGCCGACAUUGCCAUGCACCUGAACAAGGAGUUGCUGCAGCUGCCACUGUUCGAGUCAGCCAGCAGGGGAUGCCUGCGCUCCCUCUCCCUCAUCAUCAAGACCUCCUUCUGCGCUCCUGGAGAGUUCCUCAUCCGGCAGGGGGACGCCCUGCAGGCCAUCUACUUUGUCUGCUCAGGCUCCAUGGAGGUGCUCAAAGACAACACUGUGCUGGCAAUACUGGGUAAAGGAGAUCUGAUUGGUUCGGACUCCCUGACGAAGGAGCAGGUGAUCAAAACCAACGCCAACGUCAAAGCCUUGACCUACUGUGACCUGCAGUACAUCAGCUUGAAGGGCCUCCGCGAGGUCCUCCGGCUUUACCCCGAGUACGCGCAAAAGUUUAUCAGCGAGAUACAGCACGACCUCACGUACAAUCUGCGAGAGGGCCACGGGGCGGAUAAGGACUGGGAGAGUAACGGUGGCCUGGUGAAGAAGCUACCGUCCAUCCGUGAAGAUGAGGAGGGUGAUGAGGAGCAGAGUUCUGUGUGCCGGGCUCCUCGCUCCCCGUUGCAUCUCAGCAGGGGCCUCAGCUCACCCCUGCGCUCUCCCCUCCUGGCUCCACGGCCUUUCCGUGCGCCCUCGGAGCACUCGCGGCCCUCCACCUUGCAGAUACCGGUGGUUAGUUUCAGCAGUGCGCCACCUGAGCUCAGCCCGAGGUUCGUGGACGGCAUCGAAACAGAGAGCAAUUCCACAUCCUCGCAGAAGUUUGAGUUCAGUCCCAGCCUGUCACCUGCAGCUCCACCCUCUCCUUAUGCAGGGAUCCGUGAGCACUCUGAGAUCAAGCAGAGCGUGACAAAGCUUACAGAGGAGAUGAACUCUCUCUCCAAACAAGUGUCCAACCUCAGCGAGGAGCUGCGGGAAAUGGCUCGCCUGCUCAAGCCCCUCCUUCAAGCAGCGCCGCAGCCGAUCCUGACGAGCAUGGUGCCAAACCUCACCCCACCUCAGAGCAGUGCCAGUCAGCUGUUAUCCACCUCUUGGUUCAUGGCGCCACCCGCAGCGGCGUCUCAUUCCCUUCAGAGAGCUGACGCUCACUCCCUGUUGGAUAGCGGGCACCCAGUGGGCGAGGGUUUGCCACAAUGCCUUCUCCCAACACCUCACCCACCAAAAAGGCCUGAUUCCUCUCCGACAGCAUCAGCACAGCCCCCAGCCAGCCCCAUUGUGGGGAAUCUGGAGAAAACAACUGGCUCGAACUUCCUCUCAUCUAAAGAAGAACCUCUGAAGGAGUCCGUAUUGUCCCAGAGCCCCCAGGUGUCCCCCAGUAAUGGGAUCCUCUUACCUUCCCUGCAGGACCAGCCUCCUCUGUGCUCUAACACGUCUUCGCCGUCACUGUCCUUCUCCGUCUCCCUCGCCUCCUCACCAUCACUUUCUCCAUGUCCAUCCAGACCCACUAGCUGUGGCAGCAGAAGCCUGCUCCCCCCUCCUCCCUCUCAGGACACGCCUCCUCCCCUGUCGUCCCAUCGCUCAGCUCCCUCAUCAGUCUCCUCUUCUCCCGGAGGUUACCGGCUGAGGCCUUCCCUUUCCAUCCCCAUCACAUCCACCGCUGCUCCCCUCCACCCCUCCACCCUAUCCCUCCCCUUGUCCCUGGACUUUGGGAGUGCAACAAAACGAGACGCUCAGGCGCCACCGAGGUGCGACCCACCGAGACGCCACGAGGAGGCCAGAGCCACUGCGAAUCCCCAGGAGGUGGAGAUGCAGGAGUGGGGGCAUCAGGGAGAACAGCAAAACACCACUACAGAGGACUUCAGUUUCAUUGAUGAAGAAGACCCUGCAUUAUAAGCGAGUUUUUGCCGCAGGAAGCCGCGGUGGAGCGGCAGUGAACAAAGCGAUGGCGAGAAAGAAGUCAGAGCAGAAAAUGGUGGAAUGGAAACGGAUCAGCAGCAGCAAACUGGUCCAUCUGAGACAGGCAGGAGGACAGAAAAUACCCAGGGGGCGGAGCCACAGCCUGCCCUUAGUAUAUCAUCUACUGAUCAUCCACCGAAUACUGACAACACAAAUCCCAACUGUGGCACGAGUCCACACACGCUCAGCUCCUGACACCACACAGAACCAGAGAUUGUGCUGUUGCCGGUUCUAGGGCCCAUUUCAGCCUCUCCCAUUUGAAAUUGCUGUCCUCAAAUAGAUGUCUCCCCCUCCAGAGGCAGGGGUAAACAUACAUAUCCCAAACCAGUGGGUCCGAGUCAGCACACCAGGGCCUGGAAUGUAAAGUCACUCAUUGUCAUUCCAGUUUUAAUUUGCUAAAGGAAGGCAAUCAACGCAUACGUCCACCGCUCAUUUCCCUGCAACAGAAAAGCCAGCUUCUCUCAUGGUGUUAUUGAAGAACUCUGUACUGCUGGGUUGUAUGCCAAAGAGAAAAGCAAAAAGAAAGGGAAAAGUUUAGCUCCUAAAACUGCACGCUCAUUCUACAAGGUGCUUCUCAACAAAUUCAAAUCAAAAACUUUAUUUAUGGAAGUAAUUUAAUUCAAGAAGUGAAACUCAUAUAUCAUUUCAUAUGGUUCAAGUCUUUAUUUCUGUUCAUUUUGAUAAUUAUGGCUCACAGCCAAUGAAAACCCUAAACUCAGUUUCUCAGAAAAUGUGAAUAUUACAUCAAACAAUAGAAAACGAUUUUAAUACGGAGAUGUCGGCCCACUGACAUGAAUUUCUGUGUCAGUGCAGCGCGGCAUGGAGGCGAUCAGCCUGUGGUUCGCGUGUGUGCAGGAGGCCCAGGUUGUUCUGAUCGCAGCUCUCAUCUUGUCUGCGUAUUAGGCUCUGCAGUCGCUCAUCUUCCUCUGGUUAAUGGAUUCUGUGUGGGGGUGGAGUCAGACCAGGUCGGCAAAUCGAUACCAUGGUCACUAAAGCAGAUAUCGGUACUUUUGGCAGUGUGGACAGGUGCCAAGCUCUGCUGGAAAAUUAAAUCUGCAUCUCCAUAAAGCUUGUCAGUAGAGGGAAGCAGAAAUGUUAAAUGGACUGAAUGUAUCUAGUGCUUUCCCAGUCAUACAGACCAAUCAAACAGAGAACCCAGGCAUGCACAGGGAGAAAAUAUGAACGCCACACUGAAGGGCCUGAUCAGGAUUUUGACCCCAGGACCUUCUUGAUGGAUGUGAGACAAAAGUGCUACAAACUGUGCACUCCUCACUUCAUCAUGAAAUGCAAAUGCAAAAUGUACCUACAUCUGAAAAACGCAACUUGAUCCACUGAGCAAAAGUCCACUCCUCUUUUAUUCAUAGCCCUGGAAAGAUGCUUCUGACAUAGGGCUGGACCAUAUAGAAAAAUAGCAUAUCGAUAAAAUAGAAAUCAUAUCGAUCGAUAAUUAUAAUUACCAACAAAACAUAUAU